UUAGAAGAACGAUGAUACUAAAUCGAAGAUUAGCCUUGGCUUAAAGAGUAUAUUCUUGUUUAUAAAUUAGGUUCAGACGUAUUCAUAUUGACGAUUAAGUUCUAUUAAAAGUGUCAUAGCUUCAUUUUUAAAACGGACCGUAAAAAUGCGGGUCUCUUUACUACUCGUGUUUCUUGUGCCUUUGGUGUUUAAUUCGAUCCAAUGCAACGCAAAUACGGAAAAAGAUUGGUACGAGACAACGGCUUUGUAUCAAGUAUAUACAAGAUCGUUUAAAGACUCGAAUGGAGACGGUAUUGGGGAUUUGAACGGAAUCUUCGAGAAACUAGAUUACAUCAAGGAUAUCGGAAUCCAGACGGUAUGGAUUCAGUCAUUUUUCAAAUCACCAAUGGUGGAUUUUGGUUUCGACGUAACAGACUACAAGACGGUUGAUCCAACAUAUGGCUCAAUGGAUGAUCUCAGACGGCUUGUUGAUGCUAUUCAUGAGAAAGGAAUGAAAGUGCUGUUUGAUUUCGUACCCAAUCAUACGAGCGAUGAAAGUGAAUGGUUCAAAAAAUCUGUUAACAGAGAAGAUCCGUACAAAGAUUUUUACGUCUGGAAAGAUCCGAAAGGUUAUGAUGCGGAUAAUCGACCUAUACCUCCAAAUAAUUGGUUAAGCGUAGUAGGUGGCUCAGCUUGGCGAUGGAAUGAGAGAAGGAAGCAAUUUUAUUACUCAGUAUUCUUUCCAGGUCAACCAGACUUAAAUUAUCACAACCCGAAAGUUCGCAGAUCCAUGGAGGAUGUUUUUCAAUUUUGGUUGGAUUUCGGAUUUGAUGGAUUCCGAGUUGAUGCCCCGGAAUUCAUAUUUGAAGACGACCUCAUGCGGGAUAACCCUUGGGUCUCUCCGGAGGUGGUGAAUUCAACAGCUUUUAAUUCUCAGAUCCACACCUACCAAAUGGACUUUGAGGCCGUUCUACCGCUUCUUUACGAAUGGCGCACGCUCUUGGAUGGAUAUAAAGAGCGAGACAAUGUCACAAGAAUAAUGGCACCGGAAACCUUCGCAAAACCAUGGAGAGUUGUUAGAUACUUCGGUAACUCAACUCAUGAAAUUAGUCAUUUUCCAUUCUACUUUGGACUAUUCGGUUUAAAGGAUACGGCGAAUGCAACAGACUUGGAAAGGAUAAUUCAUAGUUAUAUGGAUAUAAUGCCACCGAAUGGGGUGCCCAGUUGGGUGUCAGACACCCAUGACUUACAUCGCUUACCGAGUAGAUACGAUCCUGAGUUCUCAGAGGCUGCAUUCAUGAUUCAACUUUUGUUACCAGGAGUGGCCAGUGUUUACUACGGUCAGGAAAUUGGCAUGAAAGAUACCAAACUCCGCCCGGAUCAGAAGAGAGAAAUCAAAAUAGAUAACCGUGGCGCAUGCAGAGGACCUAUGCAGUGGGACGACUCCAUAAAUGCAGGUUUCACAACGAAGAAAAACGCAUGGUUGCCGGUGAGUUCAGAUUUUUGGAGAAUCAAUGUGAAGAAACAACUUGAGGACCCUCGGAGUCCCUUAAACACAUUCAAGCGUCUGAUGAAUUUAAGGAGCUCUCCAGUCAUACAAUACGGCGAGUGGGAGACUUGCGUCGUAUCAGAAUGGAUUCAUAUGAUCUCGCGAAAACUUCGGGGUCACCCUUCAAUUUUUGUUCUGGUGAAUAUGGGGUCCGAAACAGAGUCAGUAUGCCUGAAUAACUGCGCCCACCAUCAAAACGUAUCCGGCUCAAUGGAAGUUCAUACGGCUAGUGCGAACUCCGGCUACAAUACCGGGGAUAGAGUCAUCGUUUUAGGAGCAGACUCGGAUUGCUUUAGCUUACGGCCGAAAGCUGGGGUUGUACUGACAACUGCGCAUAUUUCUUCGACAGGUUUCAGCACAAUUUCGUCAACGCUAGUGUCCUUCACAAUUUUGUUGCUGAAAUUUAUGUUGUUGGAUUGUCAAUUCGGAUUGAACAUCCAUUAAUGUUGUCUUUGCACUGCGUAAUUUAUUUAGAGCUGUGAUGUAAUACAUUUGUUUUUGAAGUGUCAAAUUAAGAGAUGGGUCAACA